AUGGCCGACCAACGAUGUUCCAUGAUUGGCGAGUGGCGGCUGAUCGAGUAUCCCAGAAAGUAUGGAUUUUGCGAUAUUUUUAGGAUCAACUUUGACUUUAACCUUAGAUUUCUUAGUAAACCAGUAGGUUUAGAGCACAGGAACUAUACUACUGGAAAGCUGGCAAUUAGCUCCAUUACAUGUACAGCUUCAAAUAGGAACACACAAAAACUGCAUACCCACUUUUGUAUCAUAUACAUCGUAGGCAAACCAGGCAACUACAGAUACUUAGCCUUCAAAUGGUCUUUUGCCGGUUUCUUUAGUAUAAAAAAGCGUACGCAAGCAAGGGACCUGAGUGAUUUUGUUAUAAACUCGGGCACCCUUCGUUUCCAAAUCCAUACAAUUUUUAAAGACAGAGAUCAUCAGCCUAUUGCAAAAGGAAAGGCUUUCACACUUGAGCUGUCUUUAUUGUUGAAACCUGUCGAACUGAUGAGAGCAAUUGCCUGUUUCCUUCUUCUGACUAAAGUGUUCUGUGUAACUGAUUUUUGA